AUGAGACGAGCAAGAAGAGCUGAACAAGCCCGAGCGAAAUAUCAUAGAAUGAACAGUGAGGAACGUAGACAAUACAACGCAAUGCGCGACGCACAGAGGCGCCAGAGGAAACGGGCCCAGGAAGAAGCGCGUCAAAGAGCCCAAAUGAAUGAAGUAAUGACGACUGAAACUGGACUAAGUCCUGCAUCUGGUUUAUCACCAGUAACGGACUCGAUCUCACAGGAUGGUCACGGUUUAUCGCCAGGUGAUGGUGAACCUGGACAAAUUAUCUAUUCCACUUUUGAAAUGUACCAAGAACCAAUGACGCGAUGGGAGCAGUAG